UGAGAAUACAGGUGGGAAAAUAAAACAACCGCCGGGGACGUUAGCAGUGAAGGGCUGAGAGGCUCUUUUUGUUAGUUUUUGGUUUAUAAAUCAGAACCAUGCCGGGUCAUGUUGAUAUUCCGGCCCCGUCGGACUUGAACGUCGAGGAGGUUAAUGUUUCAUCAGCCGUCCUGAAGGCAGCCUCUCAUCAUUAUGGUUCACAGUGUGACAAACCCAACAAGGAGUUUAUGCUGUGCCGGUGGGAAGAGAAGGACCCUAGAAAGUGUCUGAAUGAAGGGAGAAAAGUCAAUGAGUGCGCACUUAACUUCUUCAGGCAGAUUAAGGGGAACUGUGCCGAAUCCUUCACAGAGUACUGGACCUGUCUGGACUACUCAAACCUGGCUGAACUGCGGCAGUGCCGUAAGCAGCAGCAUGCGUUUGAUAAUUGUGUGCUGGACAAGCUGGGCUGGGAGAGACCUGCACUUGGAGAUCUGUCCAAGGUGACCAAGGUGGCCACCGCUCGGCCUCUGCCUGAGAACCCAUACCACUCAAGAGAGCGACCUGAACCCAACCCUGUGAUCCAGGCUCCUCUAGAGCCCGCCAAGCAUGGCAGUCGUACGUUUUUCUGGAACUGGUGAAGAAACGUGUGUCACGCUCACCGUUACGCGCAGCAAACACCCAUCUCAGACAUUUCCAGAACUCACCAGACAGUAGUGGAACGGUGCUUCACUCAUAGCACCAGUCUGCUAUCCCUCCAUGUAGAAAUGUAUUAAACACAAGUUAUUAAUGUGUUUGUGAAUAAAUGGAUUUAAUUUAAA